AUGCCUCCUUACGUGCGGAAAACCUGCACGAAGGAGGAAUGGGGAGCGGGCAAUAUUGAUAAUUAUGCACGCACCUGCCCGAACCUCAAUGUCGAAUCUUUGUCCGAGCGGGCUAGUUCGUCUGCUCCUAGUGGCAAAGGCCAUAUUAGCAAGGACUUGAUUGACCAGGUGAAAGACCUUGAGACUACCUAUAGGAACCUGCGACUUUUUGAUCCCAAAGAACUCCCCUCUAUCGACACUCUAUUUGCCAAAAAUGGCGAGGGUGGCAAGCAUGUGCGACCUAUUCCUCGCCGUGGCCACAACACCAGCGGAAAAGAAGUCGAGCUCAUCAUGAAUGCAUACAAAAUUUCCAAGUUUCCAACCACCCCAGUCCACCAGUAUCAAGUCACCAUGUACAUGAAUGGAAAGGUCCUAGAUGAUAAGCCCCGCAUGGUUCGCCGAGCCUGGGCUGCGUGGACGGCAGAGCAAAACAUUCUGCGCGAUAUCAUCUUCGACGGCUCGCACACUGCCUGGUCUAUGUUUGAGCGCCGCACCUGCACAGGCCUUGUUAAGCUUGAAGUCGGUUACACUGAGCCCUCUGAUUUGGUUGAUGUGACCGUCGAAAUCAUCCAUCGCCGUAAGAUCUUCCUCGCCCCGGUCAACGAGUGGCUUACACAGCAGCGUGCUGUCGAUGAACGUGUCAUCGAAGCUUUAAUUUUCCUUGACCAUCUGGUCCGUGCCUGGCCUUCCGCGACCUUCACACCAUACAAGCACGCCUAUUACUUUCAUGACAAGUACCUAGCACGAGACGCCGGGAGAGACCCGAUGUGGCACAAGAUUGGAAAGGGUGCCAGUGUCUAUCGCGGAAUCUUCCAGAUGAUCCGUCCCUCGAUGUGUGGUCUUGUCCUCAAUGUCGAUGCGGCACAUGCUGUAUUCUGGAGCCGAGACCGACUGAUAGAGACUGCUCGCCAACUGCUUGCAUGCCGUACGGUAGAGCAGGCUUUUAAACUUCUUCUACCUAGCAAAAAUGGCCCUUCUCGGGAAUUCCACGCACUGAACAAGCAUAUCAAAGGCGUGCGUGUUUUCCCCAUCUACAAGAAUUGCCCCUUCGUGAAACAAAAAAACUUCAACAUCAAGGAACUGAGUGUGUACUUUGCGGACACACACAUUAUCGAAGUCGUGGAUAAGGCUACCGGUAAGGCAGAACUGAUGACUGUCGAGAAGUACUUCAAAAAGAAAUACGAUGUGACCUUGGUAUACCCCAAGACUCCCCUAGUCCUGAUGACCCGCGGCGAAAAGAUUUUCUAUCCGAUGGAACUUGUCACCCACACAGACCUUGGGCGUUAUAACCACAAACUUGAUGACGUCCAACUUGGUGAAAUGAUCAAGUUCACGGCAAAGCGCCCUGCUCUUCGAUAUGAUCACAUCCUGAAAUAUAAGAAGCUGCUUUGCCAUGACACAGAUCCCAACCUGGAGAGCUACGGUCUUCAGGUUGACCCGAACAUGCUCAAGGUCAAAGCUCGUCUUCUUCCUAACCCUGAGAUCCAGUUCGCCGGAAACGCUAAGAUCAACCCGGGUGUCAAGGGACGCUGGGAUCUUCGGGGCAAGAAGUUCCUUCGCCCCAACAAGGUUCCUCUCAAGCACUGGGCAAUCGGACACUUCAGUGGCCAUCGCAACUCUUUGAACAAAGAGCAGAUUGACUACUUUGUCACGAUGUUCACUCAAAUCUACAAGGGACAUGGUGGCACCAUUCAGGACCGCCCACUGAUCAUGGAACUCAAGGAUGAUGUUGGAGCAGCUGUCCGCAUUCUGCACGACUCUCUCGGAAAAGCCAACAAGGCUGAUCCUCAGCUUAUGAUUUUCAUCGUUCCUACUAAGGAUAUGUUCGUUUAUCACCGCAUUAAGAAGAACUGUGACUGCCGUUUCGGAGUUCCCUCGCAAGUUCUGCAGUCCACCAAUGUGAUCCAAAACAACCCUAUCUUUAUCUCCAACUUUUUAAUGAAGGUCAACGCCAAACUGGGCGGAAUUACCAACCGAGUUCUCCCAACUCGUACAGGUACAGGUCUGCGCCCUUUCAGCUUGAUAAUCGGUGCUGAUGUUACGCACGCGGCUGUUGGUGUCUGGACCCCAUCCCUGGCAGCUAUGUGCGUGUCUGCCGAUCAGCACGGAAUCAGCUACAUGGGUGGCGCUGAAUGCAACGGUGAACAUCAGGAGACUAUUUAUAUCGCCAACGUUCGCUGCAUCCUAUUCCCUCUUGUCCGCGAAUGGAUCAAGACUGUUGGAAAGGGUAACAAGCCAAAAUUCGUCUAUUACCUCCGCGACGGUGUCUCUGAAUCUGAGUACUCAAACAUCCUGAACAAGGAAGUUCCUGAUAUCCGCAAAGUUAUUGGCGAAGCCUGCGGUGGUGACGGAUGGAAGGGCAAGUUGACCGUUAUCACUGCCAAUAAGCGCCAUCAUAUUCGCGCAUUCCCUAACCCCAAGGAUAAGCGUGCUGCUGACAACAAUGGCAACCCACUUCCCGGAACUUUGAUCGAUCGUGAUAUUGUGAGCCCUCAUGGCUGGGAUUUCCUCCUUUAUUCACACACUGCUAUCCAGGGUACUGCUCGCCCGGUUCACUACAAGGUCCUUUUGGAUGAGAUGGUUCACAAGCCCGACGACCUUGUGAACAUGAUCUAUGAGCACAGCUACCAGUAUGUUCGUUCAACUACCUCGGUCUCGAUCCACCCGGCCAUUUACUAUGCGCACUUGAUAUCCGUCCGUGCCCGUCAGCACGAAGAUGUCAAGUCUAUUCAUGGUCCCCAACAUGGCAAGCGAGUGGAGAACCGCGAUCCUGCCACCAAGCCUGGUUAUACUGAUCCUAUGUUCCCGGCUGAUCUUCUUUUGGACAUGAAGGUCAAUUCCAACCGCCUUGACAAGAGCAUGUGGUGGAUCUAA